AUGUCUAGACGGAGCAAAACUCCAGCACCUGAACUAAACAAAAGAAUCUUUCACUACCUUAACAAAGUUCAAGGACUUGGCGUAAAAAAUAUAUAUCACGACUUAAGAGAGCACUCUGCAGCUUUAACAGAAAAAUCAAUCCGGCGUAUUUAUGAUUUCGAAAAAGAUCAACAGUCUUCUCCUCCCCGUCAAAAAAUUAAGGUAAAACCGCUAGAAAAAUUUAUUCCCCUCCCUCCUGACUAUAAAGCAGGAAGACUUAAACCGAUAACCCCUAUAAGGAGUUCUGAUGACAAAAACUUAAUUUUUCACUCGAGGUAUGGAAAACUGAUUAUCCCUAAUAAUGUGUAUUCUGAGGCUUCUAAAGGAUAUCUUUCUCAAGACAAAGUUAUUGAUGAUUUGAAGCUGAAAGAAACAAAUGAAAUCAAUAAUGUAAUGAAAAGACUUGCGGAUAGGCUUUAUCCGAAGCCAAAAUAUACACUGAAAAAGAAGGUUAAACAGAAAAUGCAGUCUGAGGAUGUAAAAAAUAGGCUUUAUUCAACACUGAAGCCAUUAUCUAUUACACCAAGUAAUAUGUCCCAUAAUUACGAUAAGUACGAUAAUAUUUUUGAGCUUGAUUUAUCAUCACAAACAAUCAUGUCAUCUAAGGAGCUGCUUGAGACUCCUGUAAGCAGGAUUAAAAGAAACACUUAAAUAGACUUAGAUCACUUAAUUUAACUCAGUUCGAAUUGUGUCUCAAGUUAUGAAGGACUAUAAGGUCUCUUUUCCUCAGUUUUGGUAUCUUCCCCCUGAUUGUACGUGCGACCUGUCGACAAAGGUCACGUCUUCUAGCCUCCAUGGAACUAUUUGAAGGCCCAGAAGUCUUGGGAAUGCUUGCGGCUUGGCGUGCUGCCUCACUCUCUGAUUAUCCUUUAGCACCUGCUCGGCCUGACUUUAUCGGUUAGUGGAAAGAGGUAAAAUAGAUUGAGUGCAGGAUGCGAAGUAAGAAAACCUUUGCCAUUUCUUCCCUAUCAGACAGAAUUGCACGCGUAAAAACCCAACCCUAUAAUCAUAAAAGUUGGGCGAGGGAGAGAAAUUCACGGAGUGAAUUCUCCUCUCAUCCGAGGCCAUUUUUAUUACUGUAAUUAAAAGAAAACACACAUAGGAUUAACUGGGAUUUUAAGCUCUUAUAA